CCUGCCCGUACCAGACCACAUGGAUAUCCCUCUUCGAUUUUCUCCGCCAAGUGCUUCUCCUAGGCCUGUGCGUCGCUAGGUUCAAUUGUGGACCGUGGUAUAAAUACGACCUUGCUUGCUGGCAGCUGGGGUUUUUCCACCCGUCGCGUCCCACACAUACUGCGUUUACUAGUUCAGGCUCGCACGACCAUAGCGAACUGAGAAGACUACGCUCUUUCUCUUGACUUCCACGUUCACGUCCGUUAACUUCAAACCACCAUGCUACUGAAGACAUCCACCGUCGGCUUCAGCGCCCUCCUCUCCGCCUCCAUCGCACUAGCCGCAGAACCAGCGAAGAUCUCCCUGUCGUCCAGAAAGGUAACCACGAGGUCGCCGAGGUCCGUCAAGAACCAGAGGAGAGCGGUGGACAAUAUCACAGUUCCGUUGGAUGAUCAGUUUUUGGGGACGGAUCUGCAGUGGUUUGGCAACAUCACCAUCGGGACACCACCACAAACCCUUCCGACCGUGUUCGACACAGGAAGCGUAACCCUCGAAGUAACCAGCACCCUCUGCGCAUCCACCUGCCCCAACCAGACCCAAUUCAACGCCUCCGCCUCCUCCACCUUCGUCGACGGCGGCUCCGAAUCCACCAUCGUCUUCGCCACCGGCGGCGGCGUCAACCCUGCCAUCGGAGACGAAUACACGCUCACGUUGAGGAGCGCGACGGAUACGGUGGGUAUUGGGGGCGUGUUCGUGAGCGAUGUCGAGUUUUUUCAGGUGACGGAACAGACGGCGGCGUUUGGGCCGGAUCCGUAUAGCGGGAUUCAAGGUUUGUCGGCAGAUGCGGGCGGAUUAUUUGCGGGAUUGGUAGCGCAGGGAUUGCCUUCCCUCUUCAGUAUGCUCCUCACGCCUGAAGCGGACGGGGGCGCGGAGUUGCUGCUCGGCGGGAUCGACUCUUCGAAGUUCAAAGGCGACCUAAUCAACGCGACCCUCCCCGGCUCCGGCCGUACCUGGGAACUUCCCUCCCCCUCCAUCUUCGUGAACGGCCAAACGACACCUCUGCUGAACUCGGAGCGGACGGUGAUAUUUGAUAGUGGGACGAGUAAUGUUUUGUUUAGUACGAACACGACCGAGGCAAUCUACGCCCUCAUCUCGCCCCUCAUCCAACCACACGCCUCCGAACCCGGCACCUACGGCCUCCCCUGUUCCCUCAUCCCCACGCUCCCCGCCUCAAUCUCUAUCACCUUCACCUCGACGUCCAACGAGCCGUUCAACCUCACCAUCCCGUCCGAAGAACUAAGCGUGGGCCCGUUCGCGGAUAAUGCGACGGAGUGCCAGACGCUGAUUAAUGCGUUCGACGGGCUGGAAUUGGUCGGCGGGAGUUUGUUGAAGCAUUAUUAUACGGUGUAUGAUGUGGGGGCAAGGACGAUUGGGUUUGCGGAGAAUGGCUUUUGACCCGUGCAAGUGGUUCGUUGAAGAUCUAGACGUCGAAGAACUCCAUGGAUCCAAGGGAAGUUAUCAGUACUCAGGGCAUAUAUGUAGCGAUGGUCAUCGUCGCUCCACCGGGGGAUGCAAAAGUUGACAUCGAUACAGAUACGCCCGAGUGGGAUGGGAACACGAAAACGCGAGCUUGCGUCUAUUGGUUCCACAUGCUUCUGCAACCGAUGUGUAUGUGCGGGACGCGCUUUUCUUCUUUCCAUGACUGGACGAAUAUAGAUGCUUUUCUCUCUGGACGUGAUGUUCCUGGAACCUAAUAUGCCUAUGUUCGGCCUUAAUAGUGCUUGUUGCAUCCUGCACCCUGAGUAGGGUGGGGUUCUUGAAACGCAUAGUCUAACAUCCCCGCAUCGUCAUCGUCCGCGAACCGUACGCGUCCAAACCAUAAAACUUCUUCUGAUUAUUAUAGCAGCCCUUGUACGUCAACUCACAGGUGGCUCCGAAUCACA